GUCAUAAUCGAGGGCGUCUUCGACACGGCAGUGGAUUCCCAAAUAGCGAUAGGGCCACAUUCUGGCCUGCGCAACCUGUUCUUCUGUAGCUGGGCGCACCUCUUCCUCCACGGGUGCCGGAGUGCUGCUUGUGGUGCCAUUCGUCGCGCCAUGGGGUUCUUCUUCCUCCUCUUCGACCAUCUCCUCAUCAGCCUCCGGUUGAUUUUCACCCAAUAUCGGGGUAUUCCGUGCCUCGAGCUUUCGUUCUUGAGCGCGACUGCACGCUGCGCAAGCCCAAGCAAAGCCACGGGCCGGCUUCUUCGUCAGUACCGGUCGAACACAGUACAUAUGAUAAGUGCUGUGACAGACGGCACAAUCCACCGAGUCAUUGCUUGCGGCGUACAAGCUACAGCGCUUGCAGGUCUUCACGGCACUGGUGAGUUCCUUUCGUCGUCCAAUCUCAACCAGGACGAACUUCCAGCGCUCGUCCAGAACCUUUUUGACGUUACUCGGGACGUUAAUGACCUUGCUUGUUGGGAUUACGUCGUAGUAGCGGUGGAUGUAUCGGUCAAACAUCUUGUCGUACCAGAAACAAUCCCGGGUCUUGCGGUAGGUGUCGAAGUCGGUAACCUCCGACAAGUGCUGGAUCUGGCAUUUUCCGCGUAAG